AUGUUGCUCCAUAUGACAGAAGGGACUGCGGAUAUCCUGGCAUCAGCCAGGCAGAGUGCAGCAAGAGGAAAUGUUGCUUUAAUUCCAGCAUUCCCGAAGUGA